AUGGACAAGUCUCAGCAGCCCAGUUCCUUCCAGCAGCUCGAAAAGCUCGGUGAAGGCACUUAUGCCACUGUCUUCAAAGGGCGCAAUCGCCAGACGGGCGAGAUGGUCGCCUUGAAGGAGAUCCACCUUGACUCCGAAGAAGGCACCCCCUCGACCGCGAUCCGCGAAAUUUCACUGAUGAAGGAGCUGAAGCACGAAAGUAUCGUGUCACUUUACGAUGUCAUCCACACCGAGAAUAAGUUGAUGUUGGUAUUCGAGUUCAUGGACAAGGAUCUGAAGCGCUACAUGGACACUCGUGGCGAUCGCGGCCAGUUGGACCCAGCAACCAUCAAGUCCUUCAUGCAUCAACUGCUAAAAGGCAUCGCAUUCUGCCAUGAGAACCGGGUUCUCCACCGCGACCUCAAGCCACAGAACUUGUUAAUCAACAAGAAGGGCCAGCUUAAGCUUGGCGAUUUUGGCUUAGCCCGAGCCUUCGGGAUCCCCGUGAACACGUUCUCCAACGAGGUGGUCACUCUGUGGUACCGCGCCCCCGAUGUGCUGCUGGGAAGCCGCACCUACAACACCAGUAUCGACAUCUGGUCCGCCGGGUGUAUCAUGGCCGAGAUGUACACGGGUCGUCCCCUGUUCCCCGGCACUACCAACGAAGAUCAGCUGUUGAAGAUUUUCCGGCUCAUGGGAACCCCCUCUGAACGUUCCUGGCCGGGCAUCUCGCAACUCCCCGAGUACAAGCCCACUUUCCAUGUCUAUGCCACCCAAGACCUGGGCUUGAUCCUCCCUCAGAUUGAUCAGUUAGGCCUGGAUCUGUUGAACCGCAUGCUCCAGCUUCGUCCAGAAAUGCGUAUUAGCGCCAGCGAUGCUUUGCAACAUCCGUGGUUCCAUGAUCUACCCCAGGUCCAGGCCCAGUUGCAGCAGCAGCAGCAGCAACAACAACAGCAGCAGAUGGCUGGGGGGUAUGGAGGCAUGGUUCCACCUCAAUCAGCCUAUUAA